UAUAGGCUGUUGUGCAGUGUUCAUUUCCUCUUUGGCCUUUGAAAACUUGAUUUAUUACUACCUCGACACUUUAGCAAGAACAGAACAACAAUGCUGCUGAAAGCAGUGGCUUGAGUCACUGAAGGACUCAAAUUAGGCUUCGCUGCAGGCUGAUGGGAGAUACUGGCAGGAAAAGAAACCAUUUCUGUACGUUUUUACAUUAUAGUGCGAAUUUCCCAGAGCGGAUUGUCUUGAUUGUCAAGAGCUUUGAUGUCUUCGCUGCUGCUAUAAACUCUAAACUCUUCCACGUCUUUACAUUUGAGGGAUUGAAAUUAGGUUUUGCAUGUUUGAUUAUUUCAGUAUCACAUUCAUGACAAAACGGGUAUAAUUUACAUCAUGUGAUGAAAUGAUGUAAAUUAUGUUGUGAUGCAUUUACAUUCCAAUAAUUUAUCAGUGGACGUUGUAUUGUGCAGAGGGUUGUUUCAAUAGAUUCACAAUGUCCGGUAACAAUGGAUUAUAGAAAGUUAAAGGUGGUCCCUGGUGUUAACAAUUGCUGCAAGCUGCAGUUGCAGAAAAAAUGUUUUGGGUUCUUGUUCAUAUAUGUCAUUUUCCUACAAUUUGUGAGGAUGCAUCACCCCUAAUCUCCUGUCGAUUAGAAUUUUCCAAUUGAGUCUAAUCUUUUAUUUAGAUACUAUAACCACAUGUAUCAGCUAGAUUUUGAUCAAAUCUUAGAUGGAAACUAGUCCACAGUCAUUCAGCGUGUUCCUCAUCCACAAAUUCUGAAGACACCUGUGCCCGACGGGAAUCUGACUUUGCAUCAUGGCUGGUCUGUGUUAUUUGAGAAUUUAACAGAUCAUGCUCUCUGGAGGGAACGAGUUCUCCGUGGGUGGGGGUGGGGGGUCCGAGACCGCUCGAGACCUUAAUAGUAAUUUUAAGUCAUUGGUAGUGUAACAAUUUCCCCCAGCUGCCAUAUGCAUGCUGUAACACCGAACUGACACACCCCCUGAGUAUUUAGUUAGUGUUAAAGCCCUCGGGGGGAGAGACAACAGGAAGAAAACCAGCAGCUGUGUGAACUUGGUAAACGAAAACACUCGGCAGAGUGCAAAUUCUGCAAUGCUCUGCUCACCGAAACAGCUGGAAUGACGUCAACUUUUUACCGUCACCUCGAAAGGAAGCACAAAGACAGGUAAGCUAACAGUUACCAUACAGUGUUUAAUAUUAAUGAGACAUAUAAAAAGACUUGGUAAAUUUCAACUAUCCCAUAUAGAGACAAUAAGUGAAAAAUAAGCUUAACUUUUUCUUUCCAUUGUCGUUUCAGGCAAAUAGACAUGAAUACGUAGACGCCCCAUUGGGGGCUGGAGAACAUAAGGAUGUCACCGCCAUAUUUGGUUCCUGGACUACGAGGCAGAUGCUAUACAGCCAGCUAUCCCAUCCUUUGCCCAGAAAGUGGAAAUCUACAGUCAACAUUCCCCACAGCAGCAAGCAAUCAUUGAGACCAUUAUCAAAGAUUUGAUAAAUGGGUGCUGUCUGCCGCUGCCCCUUGUGGAAAGUGAACAUUUUAAACACUUUCUUGAUCUUGAUACGGUGGAUUACAAGUACACACCAAUCUCAAAAAGAACAAUUACUGAGAAAUAUAUACCAAGUUUUGAAAAACAAGUUAAGGAGACUGUUGUGGAGAAACUGAAGAAAACAUCAGCAGUGUCCUUAACUACUGACAUUUGGUCUGAUCCCAGGCUUCAAUCCUUCCUCGGAGUAACUGCUCAUAUGUGCAGCAAGUCAGGGGAUUGCUAUGUCCAUGAAUCCUACUUGUUGGACUGUAGAUGUUUCUCAGGCGAACAUAGUGGACCGUCUGAAGAUCAGUUAUAUUUUUACAGACAAUGCUGCUAAUAUGAAGUGUGCUUUUAAAGUUCACAUGCCGCAACAGCAGUCAGAUGACAGCGAGAGUGAGGAGGAAAACCGUGAUGAUGAGCACAUCUGGGAAGACAUGAAUCCUGGGGAAGACACAGAGCCUACCUGGUUAUCAGGUGAAUGUCUUUCUUGUUUUGCUCACUCCCUGCAAGUAGUUAUGAAUGGCGGCAUGAAGGAAGUUAAAGCCAUUUCUCUCGCCAUAGCCAAAACGUCACACUUUUCAACUCACAGCAGCUCACUGUUCAAAGACGAGCUUGAGGCUGCAUUAGGCUUUUCUAAGACUAUUCCAGCUGCAAACAACACUCGCUGGAUUAGCACUUUCAAACAAGUGCAGGCCCUCACAGCUCUGGACCAUAAAGCUCUGACAGAAAUGUGUAGCAAGGAUUAUGAAGAAGUGGUAUUCAGCACCCGUGAGUGGAACCAGCUCAAGGAACUGACUUCAAUUCUUGCCCCAUUCUCAGAGGCGACAGAUCUGACAGAGGGAGAAAAGGCUGUUACCAUUAGCAUGGUGGUACCGACUGUUCUGGACCUGAACACUCAUCUUCUGAAGAUGGAGGAGACACAAAUACAGUGUCGGCCUAUAAUAAAAGCCCUUCAUCAGUCUUUGAUGAAAAGAUUCAGUGGAAUCUUUGCCAAGACAGAACUGACCAAAGACAGUGGGGGGCAGAAACCGUUCAGCCACAAUGCUUAACCCACAGUUUGGAUUAAACUGGGUUGAUCUGGAUGUUUCAAAUGGUAAAUGAUAAAUGGCCUGUAUUUGAUAUAGCGCCUUCUAGAGUCCUGGAACCCCUCAAGGCGCUUUACAACACAAUCAGUCAUUCACCCAUUCACACACACAUUCACACACUGGUGGGGAUGAGCUACAAUGUAGCCACAGCUGCCCUGAGGCACACUGACAGAGGCGAGGCUGCCUAGCACUGGCGCCACCGGUCCCUCCGACCACCACCAGCAGGCAACGUGGGUUAAGUGUCUUGCCCAAGGACACAACGACAGCGACAGACUGAGUGGGGCUCGAACCUGCAACUUUCCGAUUACAGGGCGAGCACUUAACUCCUGUGCCACCGUCGCCCCAUGGGCAAAAUGAAACAAUCUCCAAGACCUUCAGAGAAGACCUGAAGAAAAAACUCAGAGGUAGCAUAUAUGGGUACAUUUACAUCAAGAGAACAAAACUGAUUUUAUUUCAUUUAGCCUUGUACUGGUAUUUAUUAGAUUUUAAUUUCAAAUUUUAAACCUCUGAUACCGACUUUGUAAUUCACCUUUAGGAAAUAAGCUUGUUCUGAACAACUUAUUGUUAAGUUAAUUAUUUCAAACCUGCAAACAUUUUCACUACAUGUCUUUCUAUCGAAUUGAGUCAUUUUCUUCCAUUUUGUUGUAUUUUUCAGACACUUUGAUCUCUGAGGUUGAAGACUUGAUCGACAGUGAAGGUGAAGAAUUUGGAGCCGCAACUGCAGCUAGUGAUCCAUCAACUGAUUCACCUCCAGUGAAGCGCUCAUGUCUUCUUUCUUGCUACAAAGCUCUCAAAAAGUGCAGCUCAAGCCAGGUUUCAAGCAUCAGAACACAGACAAGCAAAUACUUUGAUGCCACACAGGACACUGACACUGAUGAUGCACUGGUCUUCUGGUACCAAAACCAAGUCAGAUUACCACAACUUGGCACUGAAGGUUCUGUCAGUUCCUGCAACCUCUGCUCCAGUUGAGAGGGUUUUCAUUAGAGGAGGCAUCAUCAUGAGAUCCCACCGUGCAAGUUUAGGUCACAGAAUGCUGGAAGUCCUCUUGUUUCAAAAAUGUAACCAAGCUCUCCUUAAAUCUUAGCUUUCAUGGAAAGAAACUGGACUUUCAGGUCGUCAGCAACAAGUUUUAUCACAUGAUGUUCAGGCUUGGCAUGACAUACUUUUUAGUUCAAUUAUUGCUGAUUUAAUUAAUGGUGUGAUUUCAUUAUUUAAUUAAUGGUGUAAUUCCAUGCAGAAAAGACCAAUUUGUUAACAAAAAUAAAAAACAACUAAAAAUAUAUAUUUUUGUUUUAUUAUAAUUUUUCUUUCAUAUAAAUGGUCUUGUUGGUCUUGUCUCGGUCUCGGUGCCUCUGAUCUUGUAAAGUCUUGAUCUCGGGUAGUGUGGUCUUGACUACAACACUACGGUCGCUAGGUUAAAAUCAUUACGGUAAAUGUUACCUGUGGAGCAGAAAGCAUGCGACCUCGGCGUGACUCCUCAGACUUUGAUGGCCCUUCAGUUAAUUCCAUGAGAGAAAGCAAUGCUGAUGCUAGUUUUUUCAUCUGCUCGGGGUCCUGCGCUUGCCGAUGAUGUCAUCAUUACUACGGCAAUACCGCUUGGCUAAAAUAUAUUGCAUCUCUUUUUUUAUUCUGUUCUUUUACACGUUUUGGAAAGAGUUUAACAGUUUUGUUAUUAAAUGUGUGUUGCUUACUCUCUAAAUGUUUUUGAACAUGGUAAUGUAACUUUCAUAAGUCGUACAUCCAGCCAGUCAUCUUGUGUGACAUCAUCAACAGGUACAGGACCCCAAACUGUCUAGGAGAAAACAUGGCAUCGCCCAAAGAUGCUAGACCCGCACCCUAUGUACUUUAGAUUCAACAUUUAUAGUUACAUGUUAUGAAGCCACCAAUGUUUUUCAGCGACUUAACAUCAUUUUAUUCAUUUUCAGCAUUUUGAUGGAUAUUUCCAGAGAUUAAAGGUAAAAACUACACAUCGUCUCUAAGCCAGUUCUGUAACAUUUAAAAAAUGUUUUGAUGAAAAAACUUAAAUUCUUGAGUCUGAUUUCAAUCCUGCUCGCCUGUAACUUAAAAAAAACACGUCUCCUUCUAUUCGUCAUGAAAACUACGAAUAACUUCCUCCUGAAAGCACUUGUGCUCGGUGGGGAGCUGUUACUCGAUUGCCCUGCAGCCAGUCAUGGCUGUGACAAAGUUGUAAUUUAGAGCAUUUACCUCAUUUUGUCCUCCCUAAGCACUUGUUUUUUGGGAAUUUUUCUAACAACAAUGGCACCUUGUUUGGUAGGUUUUGUUUCCAAUCGAGAGACUCGGACCACAAGAGAUAAAAGAAUCGAUUUGUGUUCCUUCUCAGUCCAGUCACACACUCUGAUGUGCUCAUCUUUGUCUCAUCACUGUCUGCUCUGUUAUCUCAGCAUCAUCUGGGAUUAAAUUACCCCCAUUUUGUUUGUCUUGUUUCUCCUGAAUCUUGAUUGCAUUUCAUCUUAAUUUAAACUUUCUCAGAAAAGUGCCCACAUCUGGGAAUAACUAACUGUCCCUUCAGAUAUAACUGAUGUUUUGUUUUUGUUUCUCUGAAAGCUAAAGAAGCUAAAAGAAUAAUUAAGACUAAAGUUACUAUUUUAACCUACGUCCUUUCUGUGUCUUUUAUU